AUGUCAGCCCGCCCCCAGAACAUUGGUAUCAAGGCCAUCGAGGUCUACUUUCCCCGCCAGUGUCUCGACCAGACAGAGCUUGAGAAGCACGAUGGCGUUAGUGAGGGAAAGUAUACAAUUGGUCUUGGACAGACCAAGAUGAGCUUCUGCGAUGACCGCGAAGAUAUCUACUCCAUCGCCUUGACCACCCUCUCCUCUCUCAUGAAGAAAUACGACGUUGAUCCCAACUCGGUUGGUCGUCUUGAAGUCGGCACAGAGACGCUUUUAGACAAGUCCAAGUCUGUCAAGUCUGUUCUUAUGCAGCUCUUUGCUCCCCACGGAAACACCAACAUUGAGGGUAUCGACACUGUGAACGCCUGCUACGGAGGAACCAACGCAGUUUUUAACAGCAUCAACUGGCUGGAGUCGUCCGCCUGGGACGGCAGGGAUGCCGUGGUUGUCUGUGGUGAUAUUGCCCUGUAUGCCAAGGGCAAUGCUCGUCCCACUGGUGGUGCUGGCUGCGUAGCCAUGUUGAUUGGCCCCGACGCUCCCAUCGUUUUCGAGCCUGGCCUCCGUGCUUCCUAUGUCACCCACGCCUACGACUUUUUCAAGCCCGAUCUUACUAGCGAAUACCCAGUUGUCGACGGCCAGUUUUCCCUGAGAUGCUACACCGAGGCCGUCGAUGCUUGCUACAAGGCCUACGGCACUCGUGAGAAGACUUUGAAGCUGAAGGCACAAAACGGAACUAACGGCGUCACGCAUGACGAGACCAAGACUCCUCUUGACCGAUUUGACUAUAUUCUCUUCCACGCACCCACCUGCAAGCUCGUCCAAAAGUCAUACGCCCGCAUGCUUUACAACGAUUAUCUCCAGAACCCCACGCACCCCGCCUUUGCUGAAGUUGCUCCUGAACUGCGUGACUUGGACUACCAGACGUCGCUUACCGACAAGAACGUCGAAAAGACUUUCAUGGGCCUGACCAAGAAGCGCUUCGCGGAGCGUGUGAGGCCUGGCCUGGACGUUGCCACCCUGUGCGGCAAUAUGUACACUGCUACUGUGUAUGCUGGUCUCUGCAGUUUGCUUAGCAAUGUCAAGUUCGACCCUAGCCAGCCCAAGCGCCUUGGUCUUUUCUCUUACGGCAGUGGUCUUGCCAGUUCCCUGUUCAGCGCGAAGGUUGUUGGCGAUGUGUCCUACAUCGUUGAGAAGCUAGACCUGCACAACCGCCUCAAUGCCCGGACCGUCCUGCCCCCCACGGACUAUGAAGCUAUGUGUGAUCUCCGCGAGCACGCCCACUUGAAGAAGGACUUCAAGCCCGUUGGCAACACCGAGACUCUUUUCCCCGGUACGUACUAUCUCACUGAGAUCGACGGCAUGUUCCGACGGACAUACGAAAUCAAGGCAUGA